GGAGGUGAUUUGCUGUUGCGCUUCUACUCCCCACAUCACGGGUGCGUGUCAGGACCGCAGCAGGAAUCCAAAACACAGACCCAUAUCACCCGGAAGACUGUAAGCAGGACGCCGACAGACUCCAAAAUCGGGAGGUUUAAUCAUGGCACAAAUGUUCAGUAUCUCUGACAAUGAGUCAGAGACCGAGACAUCAGAAGACUGUGAGGAAUCAGGCCAGGUGAAAAAUAACAGUGGAUCACCACAGAGAAAGCAGCAUCUCGCUGUGCCUGAUAGGCUGAAAGGAGAACAACUAGGGAGACACCGGAAUCUUUCCAUGAAUGAUGAGGACCUGCUGGAGACCGGGGCAGCAGAUGAAGGCGAUUUGGUUGGAGGUGAUCCUUUCAGGCCUAGAUCUCGCUCGGCUCCUCCUGCUUUGUGGGCAGCUAAGAAAUAUGGCCAACAGCUAAGGAGAAUGAGUGAUGAGUUUGACAUCCUCCUUGAUAAAGGGAUGAAGAGGGUGAAGAGCGCAGGAACAACACGUCAGAUGCGGCAGUCCCCCAGCUGGUUGGCCUUCCUUUGGAGUCACAAAGAGUCUGAUGCUGAGUCGCGCCCCGCAGAGUGACUGACAGUGAAUGAAUGAUGGAAGAAGAGAGAAAAGAGGACUACUGUACAUAACAAUUGGCGGCAGAAGAAAAGGAUGCACUGCUGUGAAGAGAUGGAAUAAUUCCAUCGACUGGUUUUAAACCCUUUUCAUGAACUGCACUGGGACCCUUGACUGUGGAAAAGCAUUAUCGGUUUCUCACUGGCAUGUGCUAGCCCACAAAAAUGACAAAACCGGAGAAUCUCCCAUUUUCCUUGAGCUCUGGGAAUAUUACGCAGUAAAUCUCAUGAAUGUGAGAAAGCUGGAUAUCAGCUUGUUCAAAUCAUAGACUUUGAAGGUAUUUUAUUAUACAUUACCUGAAUAAAAUCGGUUUUUACUGUAAAGGGACUUUGGUCACUUUGAAGAAUCCUUUUGCUUUAUUACCAUCUCAUAAAAAUCUACAGGAAGUUUCUACAACUAAUAAGCACAAAAGCUUAAAAACAAGAAUGGGUCUAAAUACCCAAGAGAGCAGGGGACACAAUCAAACAUUACUGUUAUUACUUGAACAUAACAGAUUUUCAAUGCCUUGUAACUUUUCUAUUAAUUAAAAACAACAUUUUAUUGUGAUGUUAUUGUUUGUAACCAAUAUAGCCUACUAAGAAUGAAUAAAUCACUUUC